CGAAAAUUUUGAUUUUCGAAUUUCUCCUAACCGGCUGGCUCGGUUACCAAAGCUUAGCCUAAAGUAGUGCCGUACUUUUCUUUGCAAAAUAUACUUCAAUUCUUUUAUUUAAAUAAUUAUUUGAUUUGAAAAUACCUCCGAAUUAUAAUUUAUAAAUCAAAAUAUUUUUUUUAUAAAAUAAAAUUUCUUAUCUUUUAUAUUAAGGUUUUUUAAAGUCACAAAUUAUAAAAUUAGUCAAAUAAUUAUAGAAAUUUUUAUUGAAUUUUUUAAAAAUAAAAUUGUCUCUAAAUAAUUAAAAAAAUCAAAAAGAAAAAGAACAGGGCAUAGUGCGAUGGAGAUGUCAAAAGCUAAAAAAAAUCUUCUCAGAGUCUGGUUCGGGAUCCGAACCUGAGGCUCGGACUAAUCUCUUUGGACGGCUAAGAUAUGUCGACGGAUUAUUUAGCCCACUAAGAAUCUCCAAUACUGAGAGCUCUCAACUCCAUUUUCAUUUACUAGAAUCUCGUUUCUGUCCCCGAAAUAUUGACUCCCUCUCUCGUUUCGCAGACGCGGUAGGGUUGCGUUUCGGAUCCAAGUCCGAUAAAAAUGGCUGAACACGCCGAAGGUUCGGGUGCCGCAUCUGAAUCCUUGCUGGAAAAGAUUACCGACAAGUUGCAAGGCCACGAUUCGUCAUCGUCCGGCUCCGAUUCCGAUUCUGAUAAACCAGCGUCGCCGUCCCCCAUCAAAGCCAAGGUUUUUCGCCUCUUUGGACGGGAGAAGCCGGUCCACACAGUUCUCGGCGGAGGAAAACACGCUGAUGUAUUUUUGUGGAGGAACAAGAAGAUCUCUGCCGGAGUACUUGGCGGAGCCACUGCCAUGUGGGUGCUUUUCGAAUUGCUUGAAUACCAUCUCCUCACCCUUGUUUGCCACAUUUUGAUACUCUCUCUUGCAAUCCUGUUCCUUUGGUCCAACGCCACCACCUUCAUCAACAAGUCUCCACCUCGCAUCCCGGAAGUUCAUAUUCCAGAAGAUCCAUUCCUGCAGGCUGUCAAUGCAUUGAGGAUUGAGAUUAACUGUGGUUUUGCUGUGUUGCGGGACAUCGCAUCUGGAAGAGACUUAAAGAAAUUCCUUAUUAUUAUUGCUGGCCUGUGGGUACUGUCGAUCCUGGGGAGUUGCUGCAAUUUCUUGACCUUGUUUUACAUAACUUUUGUUUUGCUGCACACUGUACCAGUUAUUUAUGAGAAGUAUGAAGAUCGCAUUGACCCAUUUGCGGAGAAGGCAACAAUUGAGAUCAAGAAGCAGUAUGCAGUAUUUGAUGCCAAGGUUCUGAGCAAGAUCCCUAAAGUACCCUUGAAAUACAAGAAGAUGGCUUAGAGAGUUUGAGAUGGUCUCACAUGGAAACAACAGGCUGAAUAUCAUGGGACUGGAAAUGUUAAUCACCAUGUAAAAAUGGGAGGCUGCCUGAGGCCAAAAAAAAAAAAAGAAAGGGAAAAAAAAAUAGAAUUGUAGUGCACUCUGCAAUAGUUUUUUUGGCAUGUGGCACAAUCAUCAAAUUUUCUGAUCAAUAUUUCUUAAGACGGUUGUGGAGUAGAAAGUUAUGGAUUUAGAUCUUUUUGGGUCAUCUUGGCCAAACAUGUUAAAUUCUCAUCUUGGGCGGCAAAAUUCUCAUCUGUUUGGUCAAUUUAUUCGAGGGGAAAAUUCCCUUCUUUUUUGGUUCUACUUGACAGCAAAAAUCUUAUCCUUUUGGGACAUCUUGACAGCAAAUUCUUUUAUGGGUCAUCUUCGAUAACGAAUCAUGUUGCACAAUUUUGUCCUCAUCUUUUUAACCUUUUACUUUUCUUUGUUGUUAGGAGGAAGUGAAGAACCUUGUUUGAGAUGGUUGAUGCAUAGCUCUGAGGUGGUACAGGAUCAAUAAUUUUGAGUAGUACUAAAUAAUGUAUGUUACUGUGGGAUUAUACCUAGUGAGGAUCCUUUUGUUUCAGAUGGAUCUUUGUUGUGUUUUAAACAGGUUUUCUCUGGUUUUUUAUCAGACGGAUCUUUCCUUGUGA